CAUCUUUGUUGCUCUCCUCGCAUUCUUUCUAGAGUCUGAACAUUUUUGUUAUAUCGUGGCAGCCAAAACUGGAUGCAGUAUUCCAAGUGCGGCCUUAUCAAGGACUUAUAAAGUGGUAUUAACACUUCACCUGAUCUUGAUUCUAUCCCUCUGUUUAUGCAGCCUAGAAUUGAUGUUGAUUCAGUUUGUGUGAAUAACAGCUUACUCUAACUCCACAUGCAGUCUGGUCAUUUAGUCUGUGUGAAAGCUGCACUGGAGUUUCUUUUUAGCUGGAUGAGGACUUUUGUUCUUUAAGUGGGAACCUGUCCACUAGUUACUCCCAUUAUAGGAGAAUCAGACCUGAAUCUUUAUCUUCUUUAUGCCUGAUUCUGAACCAAUGGCCUUUGCUGGUUUCAUACAUUGUCCUAAGCUUUAGUUUGCUUAACUAUGACUUGCAGACUAAACCUCCUCCACACAAUACUAAAGCAAUCCCUGCAUUGUAAAAAGGUAAUAGCUGGCUUCUACCUUAACCUGCUUUGUGGUUGUGUUGGAAAAUGAGGCUGGGGAAAUAGGUUUUCUGAGCUGGAAGAUCAGCAGAAAAUUUACCUUGCUUCUUCCAUGGGCUGUUUUGGUUAGAGGUAGAAACAGACAAAAUGCAAAAUAGGAGUCGGAAGUUAAAGGUAAUGGUUAAAGGUAAUGUUAAAGGUAUUCCUCACAUAUAUGUGCUAGUCAUUCCCGACUCUAGGGGACAGUGCUCAUCUCCGUUCCAAAGCCGAAGAGCCAGAUGUCCAAAGACUCUCCAUGAUCAUAUGGCCAGCAUGGCUAAAUGCCAAAGAAAGGGAGGAAAACACCCUCACCCCACCCUAUGGGCUACUCCCGUUGUCACUCGAAUCCAGAAAUACCAAUAGGGAAAGCGAUCAGCGCUGAAGCCCCUCCCACAGGAAUCAUCCCCUCUCCAGGGCCCCUCCUGCUGUGAGGGACCCCCACUAGACACACACCCCUUUCAUCAAUCUCUUCAGGAGGCGGGGUUUUCUUGAACCCACCACCAAUCGAAGCCCAGCCGUGUUUUCUUGACGGGCGUCACCCAGGAUACUCUUCAUAUUGGACAUGGCAGCGCUUCAGCUGCGGGCCUGGGUCGAACGACGGCGGAAAACAGAGCGAGGCGGCUCGGUUGCGGCGACCUGUUGGGCUUCUGGUCUUUCUUUCAGCGGCGGGCUUCCUGAUCCUGCCUCCGCCCAGCGAGCUCCAUUCCCCGCCUCGUCCGUCAACAUCAUGUCAAGAGGAGCUUGACGAGUCCAAAAAGAGGCGGGGAAGAAGGUGGUUGAGAGGGUGAACCGAGGCGCAUGCGCACAAUGGGAGCGCCUUUGGAAGCCGCGGAGAAGGCCGUCAUGGCGCGAGGCUCCUCCUCCCAGCCAAUGUAGUUUCGCUUUCCUCGAUGGCGUCACCGGGAAGGAAGGGGUCUGCCCCCUGUCGGGAAGAAGAAGCAACUGCACGCCUUGGACGCUUCUCAACCCGAUAUGUGUCUCAGGCCAAAAAGGAAGCCCGAAGUGGGAACCUGAAAGGAUCUCUCCAAUUGCUCCAACAGGCUCUUGAAAUCCAUUUCAGUGAAAACCUGACUGCCAAGAUUAAAAAGUUGGAGGAUGCCCUGGCUGUGGAGGAGGAGGACGAUGGCUUUGUGGAUGUGUGUCAGAGCGGAUUCAUGCUGUAUGGAGAAAUUCACGAUAAGCUUUUUGACUAUCAGAGGCAAGGCAUUGCUUUUUUGUACAAGUUGUAUCAAGACAGAAGGAAGGGCGGCAUCCUGGCAGAUGACAUGGGACUCGGGAAGACCAUUCAAGUCAUCACGUUCCUCUCCGGGAUGUUUGACGCAGAACUCAUCCAUUCCGUAUUGCUGAUUCUCCCAGUCACCCUUCUUAACAACUGGGUGAAAGAGUUUGCCAAGUGGACUCCAGGCCUGCGAGUGAAAGUUUUUCAUGGAGCCAACAAAGCUGAACGUCAAAGAUCUCUGGAGCGGAUCCAGAGGAGAAAGGGUAUCUUGCUCACAACCUACCAGAUGCUCCUCAACAGCUGGCCACAACUUUCUAGCUUUGAUGGGAAAGAGUUUGUUUGGGACUAUAUCAUUCUAGAUGAAGCCCAUAAAAUCAAAAACCCAUCUGCCAAAAUGACAAAAUCUCUGCACGUCAUUCCUUCCAAAAACCGCAUCCUUCUCACAGGGACUCCGGUCCAAAACAAUCUCAAAGAACUUUGGACUCUUUUUGAUUUUGCUUGUCAAGGCUCUCUUUUGGGUACCAUGAAAACCUUCCGGAUGGAAUAUGAGGGCCCUAUCACGAGAGCCAGGGCAAAAGACGCCACUCCUGGAGAGAAAGCUCUGGGAUGUAAAAUCUCAGAAAACCUGAUGUCCAUCAUUCAGCCAUAUUUUCUCAGGCGGACGAAAGAUGAGCUCCAGAAGAAGAAAAAGGCCGAGCUUCCAAACCAUCUUCCUGAUAACCAAAGCAAAGAUGUUGCUCCCGCCAUGCCUUCUCUUCCACGAAAGAACGAGUUCAUUGUAUGGUUGUUCUUAGCACCCAUACAAGAGGAAAUAUAUAGAAAUUUUAUAUCCUUGGAUCAUAUCAAAGAGCUGUUGUUGUCUACCAGGUCCCCACUGGCUGAACUUAAUAUCCUGAAGAAGCUCUGUGAUCACCCAAGGCUCUUAUCAAAUCGAGCAUGUAGUCAACUAGGGCUGGAAGGAUCCCAUUACAAUGAAAAUGAACUUGGUGAACUCCCAGACAUGAAGAGGAGUAUUGAGCAUGUUUCUAUUGAAAUGCUGAUUCAGGAGUCUGGAAAGUUGAGCUUCCUUGUGGCGCUGCUAGAAAGACUGCAAGACGAGGGACAUAGAACUCUGGUGUUCUCCCUAUCGGAAAAAAUGUUGGACAUUAUAGAGCGUGUCUUAAUUCACAGGGGCUUUAAGCUCAUGCGCAUUGAUGGGACAGUGACCCAGUUGGCAGAGCGAGAGAAGAGAAUUGGCAUAUUUCAGAAAGAUGGAGACUACUCUGUCUUUUUGCUUACUACCCAAGUUGGUGGGCUUGGUUUAACCUUAACAGCUGCUAGCCGGGUGGUGAUUUUUGAUCCCAGCUGGAAUCCAGCUACAGAUGCCCAAGCUGUGGACCGAGUUUACAGGAUUGGACAAAAAGAGAAUGUCAUAAUUUACCGACUGAUUACCUGUGGGACAAUUGAAGAGAAGAUCUAUAGAAGGCAAGUCUUCAAGGAUUCCUUAAUACGCCAAAGCAUGGGAGAUAAGAAAAAUCCCUAUCGCUAUUUCACAAUGCAAGAGCUAAAGGAGUUGUUUAUAUUGGAAGACACGCAAAGCUCGGCCACACAGCUACAAUUGCAGUCCUUACAUGCCACCCAAAGAAAAACAGACACUGAGUUGGAUGAACACAUUGCACACCUCUACGCGCUGCAGAUAUUUGGCAUUUCUGACCAUGAUUUGAUGUACACACGUGAGACAGCACAUGAUGACGAAGCCGAAAACGAAGAAGCCCACAGGUACAUUGAACACAGAGUCCAAAAAGCCCAAGAGUUGGUACAACUAGAAUCUCAGUUGAAUGACCAGCACAUAGGAAAUAUCAGAAACACGACUGAAGGAGCAUGGCUGAGAGAUACAGACUCAGCCACCCAGCCAAAAAUGAUGCCAACCAAGUCUUCACCAGGUGAGACUCUUGGGCCAUCCACAUCCGAAAGGACAAGCCCAACACUCCUGGAAUCACCCACACAAUCCACGGAGAAACAACCUGCUCCUCUUCCAUGGCCUGUGGUUGCCCCACCUGUAUUUAUUAGUCCUGUCGUCAGUGAUGGAGUUAUUGAUCUUGUAAGCGAUGAUGAUAGUGACUUUGUUAGUGAUAUGGUCAAUUUGAGCUCUAAAAUGACCAAUCUGAUUGUUGAAGACAUGGAUGAUGAGCAAAUGCUUCAGAUUAUUUCUAAUAUGGAAGAUGUUUUGCAUUCCAAAAACAAAGAAUGUCAACCAACCAGACUGCAAGCAGAUGACCAAAACAAGACCUAUACUCCGGAUGAUGUCAUGCUCCAAACUGAGGCUGAUAUGUCACUCGAUGGUCUUCCAAUCUCUCAUGGAGAUGCCUGUGAAAUUAAGGAACUAGAUGCUGUGGCACCACAGGAGACCAUGGUUAGCAAAAUGACUGAAAGCAGCGCAUUGCAGAACUCUGGCAUGAGAGAAACUGUACAGUCCAAGUAUCUUGAUAUUUCCUCUGACUAUCAGGUCAAUUUCAACCUUGCCUUGGAGGAUUCUGAGAAUGGACCACAAACCUCCGCAGAAAAAGACAUGUCAUUAGAGGAGACAGCAAAUGAAGGCUUCCAGCUGAGGUUGGAUAGCUCUGUGGUCAUGGACGAUUCCAACGGUCCAUGUGAUAGCAGCGACAGUUUUGGGCUGGGGAAAAAGAAGCGUUUGGCAAUUAUUGUUUCGGAUGAGGAAGAUGGUGAAUUAACAGAUGAACUGGAUGAGGACAAGCCACACGGAAUUUGUAUGUCAACACCAAAGGCCAACAAUCCAAUGGCUGCAAUUUGUUUUUCUCCCAGGAUCAAAUUGAGUGGAAAAAGGUCAACAGCUUCUCGUCGAUCCUUCUUCGAUGUGGUCUUGGAAGAAAUGGAGGAUGCAGUUGGAGAAGCAGGAACUGCCACCAAUGUAUCUAAUGAUAGGUCUCUUCAGCAUGACUUUGAAGAAGAGGAAACCCAAAAUUACAUUAUGGAAGUAUCAGAGGAAUCGGAAGAGGAGCCAUCUGGAGAAACACUGGAUUCUGAGAGAGAAUCUAGCCAUUUCCAUAAUACAGACUCUUCAAGAGGAGAAUCUUUUCUCUGGUCGCAAUAUUGUAGGUGGAACUAGGGUUACUGUGCUUGAGUUGAAUGUUUACUCUGAAGACUUGUUCCUACCAUUGGAUUUUGUUUUGGAGUGGCAGCUGCUGAAAAUUAAAUAUGCAAUUUUUUUAGGCAUGUCUUAGCAGACUCUUUUAGUUCUUGAUUAUGCUUUGCUGCCUUUCAUUUCAAAGUGAGUUCAAUUUUUAUCAAUCACUUCCUCUUGGGUAUGGCCAACGUGUUGGAAUUUGGAGUCUCUGUUUCCCUUGAGGUAGCUAAUAUUUGAUUGGGCUAUAUCGCUUGAGACUUUAAUUGAAAUGAUGAGGCAUGGGUCUCAUCCAUCCAUCAAUCAAGCAACUCCAAUGAUGGAGGACUGACAUACCAGAGAAGGUUUGAAUAACAUCUAGCAAUGAAAAUUUGACUCAGAUGGACGGCUUCCUGGGCGGAGCUUACUGAUGGUGGCAGCUUAAAAUAGCUGCUCCCGAAUUCCUGGUCACUUAUCUGUUUAGAUGAUCAUCUACCUGACGUCUAACAGGUUUUUUAUCCUUCUGGCAAGAAGGGAAGAAGAUAUAGUUUUGCUGGCAAAUGCCCUUCGAUUUUUGCAGCUGUU